UAAUGUGGAUAUUAUUAAUUGGAGGCAACCACUUCAUUACGGAAAAAGACACUCCGGAGUCUCACUAAUACAAAUGUAAUCGCCGGUAUCCUAAAUGAGCACUUUGAGGAGUCCAAAUGUAAUUAUAGCGAUGUCAAACGAUUCAUGAAUUCCACAUAUAUUUAAAGUUAAUCCGGUUAAUCUUUUAUAAUUCCCUACACAGCCCUUUUCCUACAAUUGCUCCUGACAUUUCCAUCUUGCCCCGGUGGCGUUUCGUCGUGUCUAGCCGGCGCCCCUCCCCCCGCUCCGGUUUCCUCUUGCGCCUUUCAAACCUGCUCCGCAACAUAUAACGCUGUGCGGCAUGACGCAUGCGCACAACGCGCGCCGUGAUGCAAAUGUCACUGCGCAACCUAUUCGCAGCUGGUCUAUGCAUAAUGCGUUGGCGGACGUAUAAACGGGGCGAAUUCACACGGUCGGCCGAUUAAUUACCUCGACGACUAAAAAAAAAAAUACGACGCCAUGCUCACAAGAGAUUACAAAUGAGCGGCCAUUCCUCUGGUAACCUGCGGCGCGAUCUUCGAGAAAGUUCCCAUUAACCGCAAACACGGCAGCGGAAAAGAUGACGUCAAGUGCCCAUUACUGUUCUCCCUCUCCUAUUAGUUAAAACGGCAGAUUUAAGCACCCACGGGCGUUAUACACGCCACUAGCGGAAAAGGGUGAACGCGCGGAGAAUGUUCUCAACAGUAAAAAGGCGCAGUUUUACUCACAAGCAUCGACAGAAACGAGUUUAAUCGUCUACAAACGUACCCGUCUAUAGUCUAUCCAGCAGACGGGAGACGUUUCAAGCUCGGCGAGGCUCACGCGGUCACGUGACUCCCGUUGGCCAAUGACGACGCCGCUCGCGUGUUUUGCUGGGCUCUUCUCGGAGAGGACGGGCGACGAACGGCUGGGAUGUUUUCAAAACCAGCGAUGAACGUCACACAGCCGUAGGCUACGGUUAAGGACCGAUAUUUAGGAAAUAACAGUUUAUAUUGCUUAACGUUCACCAGAACCCGAAUGAGUCCGUGGGAUACGCGCGAACCAGUUUGAAGGUGCAUGAUGAUCCUGCUGUGCUGUAGCUGUCACAGCUAGUCAGGUGCCGCACCAUGGCCAAACCUGGGAGCGACAGAGAUGCAGCCAUGGUGGAUAAGCAGGCGGGGAAGAAGAGCAAAGAAAAGUUGUCCCCUUUCACCAAAACUCCGAAGCUGGACCGGAGUGAAUUGCUGGGGAAGGAAGGGAAAGCCAAGUCUUCCAUGAAGCGCAAGCUCUCCUUCACUGCCAGUCCGCUCCGGACUGAGGAGCGAGACUCCGACACAGAUGACUCAGACCCAGGCCAAUCGAGUGAGACCUGGGGAGAGAGAUUAGUGCCUCCCUGCAGGAUGUACGCAGAAAAAGAUGUACCAGACAAGAAGAAGGUGAAAAAGGAGUCUGGGGGCAAGAAGUCCCAGGCUCCCAACCUUUUGUUUGGGUAUCCUCUGUCAGAGCGCAAACAGAUGGCGCUCCUAAUGCAGAUGACUGCCAAUAGUCCAGACUCUACUCCCAGUCACCCCUCACAAACGACUCCUGUGCAGAAGAAAGUCCCCAGCAGCGCCUCAUCUCGUCAGAAGGACAAAGUCAACAAGAGGAACGAGCGAGGGGAGACUCCCCUUCACAUGGCGGCCAUCAGGGGCGACGCCAAGCAAGUUAAAGAGCUCAUUAGCCUAGGAGCUGACGUCAACGUCAAAGACUUUGCCGGUUGGACUCCUCUUCAUGAAGCCUGUAAUCUUGGUUAUUACGACGUGGCCAAGGUCUUAAUAGCAGCAGGUGCAGAAGUGAACACGCAGGGUCUGGAUGACGACACGCCCCUCCACGAUGCUUCUAGCAGCGGACAUAAAGAUAUUGUGAAACUGCUGCUGCGCCACGGUGGCAACGCCUUCCAGGCAAACAAACGUGGCGAGCGGCCCGUGGAUGUGGCUGACUCUCAGGAGCUGGAGAAGCUAUUGAAGGGAGAGGUGCCACUGUCGGACCAAGACGACACGUCUUCAGAAUCUGAAGACCCGCUGUCCGUCAAUCCCUCCAGUGUAGACGACAACUUGGAGGACUCCGAUACCGAAAAAGACUCCGACGGUAAACCUGUCACGAAAGCAUCAUCGUCCGUUCCGGGGCUGGACGAGUACGAGUUCAAAGACGAGGAAGAGGAGGAGGAUCUCAGUAAAGCCCUGAACGACAGACACAUUCUCCGGAGGGAACUCCGGCAGCGUGAGAAGGAAGAAAAGGACAGGAAUCAUGUGGCAGGAAAGCCGGGUGGAAAAGGGGAUUCCACCCCAAAGUCCAAAAAGCAGAAGAGUUCCCGUGUCCACUGCAGCUCUGAUACCUCCAGCGACGAAAUGGAGAGCCUUCCGGACAAAAGGAGUUCCCCCACCUGCUCGCAAAGCUCCGAGAGCCUCAAGGCAGAACCCAGGUCUAAAAAGGAGAAUACUGAGCAGAAAGACAAGGGCAAAGUCAAGAGGAAGAGCAAAAGCCAGAAUAAGAACAAGGAAAACCAAGAGGACGGGAAGGAGAACAGCAAAACGUUGGUCCUCUCUCUCGCAACCGUGUCCGAGAGCACAGACAAGGGAAGGGAGGAAGACUCGUUCAAGAUGUCUUUCAGUCCUAAAGAUGACUCAUCCGUCCACCUCUUCCAUUUGUCGUCCAUCAAGUCUCCAAAACUGAACCACAGCCUGACGGAUAAACAAACGCCACUCAAACAGGAAAAUACUAAGAUGUGCAUUUCCAUCAGUGACAGCCCAUGUCCGGUGGACGGUGUGAAAUACAACCACUACGCACAGGCAGACUACUGCACGGAAGGCUCCAGCACCAAGGGCUGCAAGCACAAGGAGAAGAGCAAGCAUCAGCAGAAGGACUCCAGUGGAGACGGGGACGAUGGCCGCUUAAGUCCCGACCGAGACGGUAGCAUAGGAAACAGCGUGGACGGCUCUGAAGGUGCCUUACGGAAGACCGACCUGGACGGCAAGGUGGUAAAGAAGCAUAAGCUUAAACACAAGGAGAAGGACAAACACCGGAGGGAAUACGAGGCAGAUCGCAGCCACCACCGGCAGAAGGAGCCCAGGAAAGACGGCCACAGGAAUUUGGAGUUUGACCGAGAGUUCUGGAAAGAGAAUUUCUUCAAAAGUGAUGAAACCGACGAACAUCUGCCAGCGAGAAAGGAAGGUGACGACAACAGUUUAGUCCACAAGGCCGCCGAUUCCUCCCCUGCCAAGGACGAGAGAAACGCGAAGGAGAAACACCCGGCCGGCAAGGAGAAGAGGCCGAGAGAGGAGCGAGAGAAGGACAAGGCGGUGAAAAAGGAGCGGAAGGAGGCUGCUGGUAAAGAGGAGAAGCUAAAGGACUCGAAGCCGAGUGAGCGUGACGAGCGGGCGGACUGCCUCGGCUCAGGGCGGAUUCCUGACGAUUUGCUGCAGAGCAACAGCAUGAAAGAAGAGACGGAAGAGAAACCCAUAAGUGGGAUCACAGCUGAUCAAGAACAGCUGGACUUCUCUGAAAAAGGCUCACGCGAUAAAACUGACAAGAGGUUCCCGGGAAAAGAGAAGGAUUCAGAGAAAAUGGAGAAAAGGCAUCCAGACAAGGAAAAGAAGGUUAAAGCGGAGCAUGCUGACAAAGCUGAAGUUCAGAACUCAGUGGAUCGCUGGAAGGAGAAAGAGAGAACCGGAACCAUUUCUUCCCACUCGCCUGGAGAUAAAAACUACAAAGAGAACGAGAAGCUAAAAUCUUUAUCCACAACCAAAAAGCACGAGGACAGCAGGAAAAAUAAAGAUAAGUUCGACAAGCGGUCAGAUAGGCAGGACAGAGAAUACGGCGCUGGGGAUCACAGGGAAAAGGAGCGCACCAACUCUGACAAGAAAGGCAGAUCUCUCGAUAAGAGGACGGAUCAUGGCAGAUCGGACCGCUCAAAAGAAAAGGACUGCGACCGGAAAAAGAGAGACAAAUUAAAAGAUGGCACUCUUUCCUCGAGCUCCAAUCUCAAAUCACUUUUAGAAGAGAAAAAGGGAUAUUUGUCCGAGAGUGUCAAGUCUCUAUCCUCAAAAUCCAAGGAAGACCUCGGGAGGACACCGGAGAAGGACCGCCGAGACCGCGAGCGAGACGCCGAUAAACACAAGGACAAGGAGCGGUACAAAGACCGCUCCCAGCAGGCCAAAAACAGCAAGCCCAAAACCAACGACGUGGAUGCGGACAAGGUCAAGUCCAAAGCCUCGCUGGCAACACGAGACGCCAAGCCCAAAGAGAAGAGGCUUGUGAACGAUGACUUGAUGCAGACCAGCUUCGAGCGGAUGCUCAGCCUCAAGGACCAGGAGAUCGAACAGUGGCAUCGGAAGCACCUGGAGAAAAUCAAACAAAAAGAGCGGGAGAGGCUUAAACAGCGGCCUCUGGCGGAUCCAGGGAAGCCCAAGACGAAGGACCGGACGAAGUCUGAUCCGGGCCUGAACAAGGAGCUCAAUCGCUCAAAGAGCUCCGACGCCUCAGACGUCCACGGCCGAGAUAAGAUCCCGAAAGACGGCGCCAGCCCCAGGACGAUGUCGCUCGAUGGGAAAAGUCUGCCUUCUCUCGGCGCGAAGGUCAUGUCGGCCGUGGAGAACUGUCUGACCAGGUCGCCCAGGCCGGAGAGCGAACGCGGGGGCUUCAUGUCCAGGUCGGUGUCCCUAGUUUCUGUCGCCAGCUCGGAGGACUCUUGUCAGGCGACCACGUUGACCUCGCGGCACGUCGAGUACGACUCCGACAUGAACCUGGAAACCUCGGACUCGCAGCCCGCCUUUCUCCAGUCUUCCCUCGUCAUUCAAGCCACCAGGUCGCCGCUGGGUCCCGAUAAAGAUUGCAACAGUCUUCCAGAUGUGCCGCAAAGUAAUCGGACGCUGCUGCCCGGCAGGCACGAGUCCCCGUACCUCCGGGCCAUCCUGGACGAGGAUGCCAACUCGUCGACUGAAUGUAAAGCCGUUGAGUGUCAGCCGAAAUGCAGCCAGCCCGCCGAAGAGCCGGGAACCCUGGGAACACGAGAGAGCUCGGCGGAGACCGAAGAGGUCCUCGGCAGUCAACAACAAUGCGUGAAUUCAGUUUGCGAUUUGGCCGCAGAGCGAGCAGGGAGCCCUUCGGUAGUUUUAACGGUAAACAAAGAUCCUCCGAGUAAAAGCCUGAACCUUCUGGAGGACAUUAGCUCUCAAACGGAGUCGACGGAGCAGAAAGCUCCUCCCUCUUGCGAUCCUCCCGUUGAAAAGGACGUCCCGGGUCUAACCGAGACCUCCCAGGCAGAGCGCUCUAGCAGGGAUUCAGAUAAACCAUGGACACCUACGGCCUGUCUGUUAGCGGAGCCGCUGCAGCUCGCCAACACUAAAGGCGUCCAGCAGAUCGCUGAUUCUGGAGCGGAGAGCACGCAGCAAACCGAACCGGGUGCCCCACACGUUCCUGACCUUCAAGACGAACCUCUGGAGAGUGCGGACGGAGCCGAUGAAGAGAGUAUGGAGACGGAGAGCUUCAGAGCAGAGGGCGCAGGAAGUCCCGUCCCCUCUACCAGUGCCCACAUUCCCGGCGCAGCAGCAGGGGAGGCGCUGCCGGGCUCCGGACAAACCGUCCCGGAGUCCAAAUGUUCCCAAGACGAUACGGACGCAAGUGACAGAGACGGCGAGAAUUUGAGGCCUCCCGGCGACACUGAGGCUCCGUGUCUCGACUCGGAGACGCAGCAAAGGGACACCGCACUCCCGGCGUCAUCGGACGGCGCGAGCCCCGGACAAAAGGCAGAAGAGACGACCGGGCAGCCGCAGGGCGCGCAGAAGAACGACUGCGAGGCGGCCGUCUCCGUCAUAACGGAGUGUCCCCCCGUCGGGGACGGCGCGCUCGCCGAGUGCUCCUCAGAAUCGACGGCAGAUGCCGGCGGCUCGGAGCCGAUGGAGGCGCUGCCUGCUGACGAGCGACCAGAGUCCUCUUCAGCCGGAGAAGAGCAGAGUCAAAGCGCCGUCCAGUCCGCAAUUCAGACCGACAGCAAUAGCAGCAGCAGCAGCAGCAGCAGUAGUGGUAGCAGCAGUAGCGGCAGUAGCAGCAGCAGCAGCAGCAGCUGCAACAGUAGCAGCAGCAGCACAUGCAGCGCCUCAGGGAGCUGCUCUCCGCAAUCCGGAGACCGGGAUUCCGAUUCGUCCGGGGCAAGGUUGAAGGUUCGCUCGGCGGACGAGGACGGAGACAUGCACGUCGCCCACCCGCGCAAGAGGAAGAUGCCCAAAGCGGCGAGCUCGCAGCCGUUCCCCGCCAGCCAGCAGGAGAAGGAGAGAGGCCAGCAGUCCCUGGCGGCCAUUGUGGACUCUGUGAAGCUGGAGGAGAUCCAGCCCUAUCAGACGGAGAGGGCCAACCCGUACUAUGAGUUCCUGCACAUCCGGCGGAAGAUCGAGGAGAAGCGCAAAGUGUUGUGCAGCGUCACCCCACAGCCGCCGCAGUAUUAUGAUGAAUAUGUGACCUUCAACGGAUCCUACCUCUUAGACGGAAACCCACUAAGCAAGCUCUGCAUACCAACUAUAACUCCACCUCCAUCAUUACCGGAGCAGCUGAAGGAGAUGUUCAAACAACAAGAGGUUGUCCGCAUGAAACUACGGCUUCAACACAGCAUUGAGAGGGAAAAGCUGAUUGUUUCGAAUGAACAGGAAGUCCUGCGUGUCCAUUACCGGGCAGCGAGAACGUUGGCCAAUCAGACGCUGCCGUUCAGUGCCUGCACGGUUUUACUGGACGCCGAAGUGUACAACAUGCCUCAAGACGUCCAGAGUGACGAUGGCAAGACGUCAGUCAGAGACCGAUUCAACGCCAGGCAGUUCAUGUCCUGGUUACAGGAUGUCGAUGACAAGUUUGACAAACUGAAGACGUGUCUUCUGAUGCGGCAGCAGCACGAGGCGGCGGCCCUGAACGCCGUGCAGCGUCUGGAGUGGCAGCUCAAGCUGCAGGAGCUGGACCCCGCCACCUACAAGUCCACCAGCAUCUUUGAGAUCCCAGAGUUCUACAUCCCACUCGUGGAGGUCAACGACGACUUUGACCUCACUCCGAUAUGAGCCUUCGAGGCGAACUGGUUCGAAGGAAAGUAAAGGAAAAUGUGAAGCACUUAAAAUAAGGCGAUGGUAAAAAAAAAAAUGUAAAAAAAAAGAGCAACAGAGGAAAAAGACAAUUUGACUACUGCGAAUUUGCGAUCCGAAACCGGCACGCCGACCACGAGGGGGGGCGGCAGAGUGUUCCUCGCUGAGAGCGCGGGGGGGGGGGCUGGUCGCGGACGGGGCCCGGGGGGCAGAGACCAAAAGCCAGGGCGCAGCAGAGGGUGGAGAACCACCACCACCUGCUUGUGCUCCUCCUCAUCAUCGAGCAGAGUCCCACGACAGAGAGUUCAAUUGUUUUAAGUGUGUUCAUACAUUGUGUAUAGACUGUGCUCUUAAUUUUUUUUAACUUAUUUUAUACAUAAAACAAUUUGUGCAUUUGUAAAUAGCCAUGUAAUUAUUGUUUUAAACUUGUAAAAACAAAAAAUAAUAGAUAUUUUGAUUGUAAACCUGUUCCGUCUCAUGUUUUAAUGGACCAAAGUUGGUUUUAAUAUCAAGCGUCCUCUUCGUGAUGGUCUCGUCGUCGUCGGCUUAAACUCUUAAGCACGUGUUUGCUUACGUUGUGUUUUUUUGUUCUUACCGUUUCUUCCUUCCUCAUCUGGAGUUCCACGUCACAGCUGGUGUUAUUUUUGACUCUGGCGAUUUAAAUGCUGUGCAUGCGUUGCGUUGUUUGUACUUUUCCCAAAAAGCUGUACUGUGGACUUAAUUGUGCGGUUUACUGACGUGUUGCAGCUCUUCUCUCUUUUUUUAAUUUGCGCCCUCGUGUUAAGUCCCUUCCUGCGGCCUCACUCCUCGCGUGUCGUCCAUUUGUGUCUCGAGCACAUUAAAGUCUGCUUCCGAUGGAAAAAAACAAAAAAACCUUUUGCAGUUUCAAUGUGAGAUCACAACAAAACCUAUUUUUUCAACAUAAUGCCUUUUUGAACGAUAGUUCUAAAAAAAUGUCUAUUUUAAUAUUUACUUGUUACAUGACAUGUACAUAUUUGUAAUAUAUAAUUGAAUAAAUUUUAUUUGUUGUGAAAUUAA